AUGGAAGAGCAACACGAGGCAGGGGCCAGCACGGCCUCUUCGGGCUUUUCCUUUGGCGGGUGGAAGGGACAGCGCCUUGCUACAGCUGCCACCCCCUUUGCACAAUCAGCAUCCCAACAACACAGAAAGCAAGUCACCAGCCUGCCUUCUCACCCACCCCUUGAGGAAGCUGUGGAGGAGAGGACCCCGGAGGAGGUGAGUGGACCGCAGCUGCGGUCGGAGGGCAGCGAGCUGGCCGAAGCGGGGCGGUACCGGGAGGCCCUGGCCAAGUGGGAGCACGCCCUCCUCCUCACUCCCGACGACCCGCUUCUGUUCGAACUCAAGGCGCAGGUGCUGAUGGAGGAGGAAAGGUGGUGGGCGGCCGUGCUCGCCGCCACCCGCGCCACAGAACUCGACCCCCGCUGGGCCGAUGGCUUUGUGACGCGUGGGCGUGCAGAACUGAAUUACGGGGAGGUGGCACUCGCCAUAGCCAGCUUCGAGACAGCACUCGAUCUGCUCCCGCCCGACCACGGUUAUGUGACCCCCGUUGAACGGGAGCGUGCGGCGCCACCAAUCGACUACGACGCGUUGAAGUACAGGAAGCGAAGGGCCAUCAUCAGCGAACAGAACCAGCGGGAACAGCCGCCCGGCGGCGAGCAGCCUACGACGACAACGAGAGAGAAGAGCGAACGCGGGGCGGACGACGAUGGGGGGCAGGACCCGCGGACGCUGUGGGAGACGGUGCGGCAGGUGGGCGAGGCCAGCCUGCGCGAGAGGCGCGGGCGGACCGACCAACAAGACGGCACGACCAACGACUUUAUCGAAGAAUUCGAUGAAGCGGAAGGAGGAGAUGAAGAGGAGCAGAUGGACAUCGAAGGAGAGAAGAAAGGAAGCAACCACCAGUGA